AUGCGUCUAGCAUGGACCACGACAUCUAUUUUACCAUGGCAUGUAAAGUGGGACAUCCAAAGGUGUGCAAGAACAAAUAUAGAGGCCUGUUUAGGAAUUCUACACAAGCCAUCUUUAUGCAAUGUGAUAUCCCAUAUUCACAAUGUUUGCGACUCUUUCAACAAGACAUUAAAGGAAAUGAAGAGACAAGAAAGGGAAACCGAAUCUGCUCACUUUUUUGAAACUAUCAAUGAACUAAUGGAAGCCAUAUACAUACAUUUACAAGAAAUUUGUCACCAUCAUCCGGAAAUCAAACGAAUGCUGUCGGAAACGCCAAUAGUAUACAUUAGGGAACAUAAACUAUUCGUGAUGGCUAAACAAUUAGCUAUCGCAUUUGACGGCAAGAAACCGGUUCCGCCCCAUUUGUUUCAUAUUCCCCUCUGUUAUGGUCCAUACCAGGAACUCUUUCAAUUCCUCGGAGCAACUACGACUGUUACUUUAUGUCAAUAUUCAGAUGUAAUCUGUAGAAUUCAACGCGAAGUCAAAUUUAAUACGCUUGACCCUAAUCGCCUACAUGACGUGGAGAUUACGUUGAGAAGUAUGAUGAUGUUACUGGAGGAAACGGAGUUGAUUGAUAUUGAAACGUCCAUGGCAGAUGUAGAAACGUUAUAUUUACCCACCUCCGACAAACGUUUAGCAAAGUCCGCGGACUUGGUGUUUGCAGAUAAACCAAAGCUUAAACGUAGAAUAAUGCAAAGUGAAGAUCAUGAUAUAGUUUUUAUUCAUAGUUUGAAGAAAUGCCACGAACAAAAAAAUCUUAUCCUGAAGUUACCAAAUGGAUUCAAACCUAGAAUACUAAGUUCAAUUCUGGAGGAAAUGGUUAUAUCAAAUUUAAAUAUCGCAAACGACAUCAAGAUAGAGAAAUUAGAAGCGUUUAAAGCGUCUCAAAACUUUUUGGAAGCAAUCAAAGUAAUUGGCAAAUUCGGUGACGAAGAAUUCCACCACUAUCGUCAGUUACUAUUGAGAAUACAACUUAUUUCUGUCUCGGAGAUUACAACAAUUCUUACGAUGGAUGGCAGACGUAUUUCAAACACAGAAGCUUCGCAAAAAUGUUUUCGUUCUAGCAAAAAUGGUGAACACAAGUUAUUUUUUGAAGCCAACGAUAAUGGAAUACGGACCUGGCUUAAAGACAUUGGGCAAGAACUCUUUGAAACACUUUCAGAUUGUUUAGACAACAAGAUAUCGCCAGAAAAAAUCCGUGAAGUAGUUGAUUAUCUGGAUGAUCCCUUAAGAUUCAAACAGUUCUGUGAAGAUCUUUUCGAUGAGGAUGGAAACGAACUCGAUGAAUAUUUAGCGUACUUUCCAGGACAAAUGGUUCCUUUAGGAUUACACGGCUUGCUUCAAAACGAAAUACGUUUUUUAAAGGUUCAGGACCUAGUCGCGUACGAGAAAUUUGAUCCGGCCAUAGAUGGUGACCAAGAAGAUGUUAAUUUAGGUAGGAUAUACAUUUUUGUCCGGAUAUUAGAAACAAUUCCACUGGAUAACCCAAACGACUGGCUUCAUCAGAAGUACGAAGUUAGUUUCGGUCAUGGCAGAAACGAAAUAGUAAUGGGACUGCGACUAUAUAAGGUGGCAUAUCCUGAACAAUCUACAACUACUGAACUAGUAGUUCAUCAGUUUGGACAAGCUGGAUCCAUACCUCUUAAUAGAGACAGUGUGUUCGACGAAAUCAUCGUUACAUUAUCAAAUGCUUGGAAACUUGAUGACGCAAACAAAAAACGAGUCGUGAAGAGAUUGUUAUUGAUAUGGCACCCUGAUAAAAAUCUCUUAAAGGGCGAAAUAUAUCAAUUGUUUUCAACGGAGGUUACGCAAUUUAUAUUUGAUAUCAUUCGCCGCCUUGACGAAGGCGAAUUCACAAGCACUUCAGCUACUGAAGGCUAUACAAAGCGGAAAGCACAACGAAACUACUAUGAAUGGAACUAUGGAAAACAAUCAAAAGAAUGGCAGGCUUUCGGAGACAAGGUAUCUGCAACGCAAAGGCAAGGUCAAGACUCGAGUUUACAAAGUGGAAAACAUAAAACUGACCCACAACCUGAAGAGGCAAAGAGGUGGUUACGGCAAGCUAAAAGGGACUUCAAGUGCGGAUUGAUAUCAUUAGAACUCAAUAAUUCAUCUUUAGAAGGUGAUACUCAGCUCAAAGAAGAUAACAACUGGAUUUGCUUCAAGUUCCAUCAAGCUUGCGAGAAGGCUUGCAAAGCGUAUGUGUACAGUAUGGAUUCACAUAAAGUUACUCGUCAACAUAGCUUGCGUUGCAUCAUUCCGUGGGAGAAAGCAAACGAGCAAGAGCAACUCACCGACUGGUUAGAAGAGAUAGAAACGAUAGUUGGAAGUUACUUCAAAAUGCGUUACCCGGAUGACCAAGGCUAUCCUGAGAUACCAGCAACAUUGUAUUCAAAGGAGCAAACUAACAAAAUAAUGGAAUUGACAAAAAAGGUAAUUGAUAAAAUUGAGGACGAAUUGUAA